AUGGUCGAACGAAAGCUACAGGAGGUUGUAUUUCAUAAUCCUGGAGACUACGAGCUUAUACUUAAAGAGUUUAAAGAACCUGAGGUCAGUAUAAAGGGACUUUUAAUAUUUUAAAGCUUUAUUCUAGUUGAUUCUUUUUACCUUAAUUUUUAGGAAGAAUUGAACAAAAACAGUAACGGAAUCAGGGAGCAUUCUAAUGGUUUGUUGGAAGAGUACUUUGUUUAUGUAGCACAUCGUGGUCAAACCGCUUAUGACUGGUCGUUAUGUCGAGGGCCAUUCCUUUGGAAGUUAAAGGUAUUACCUAAUUUACACUUUUAUUGUUUUUGUUUUAGACUGUUAUAGAGGAUAUGUUGGCCAAAGAUUCAGAGAAAGAGAACGACGAGAACGAACCGUUAAAACCUAUGAGUAACAAAGAAUAUUACGAUAAGUUAAAGAAUGACAUUUUACGACACUUCGAAGCAUUUGAAGCGGCGCCGUUUACAAUUCAAAGGUAAGACACAUUUAAACUAUUACAAUUAAUGACAGAAUAUUUCUUUUUAUAUAAUUGAAGGCUAAUAUUCCAAAUUAGCGACGUUUAUUAUGUGGUUUUACAGGUUAGCAGAGUUGCUGAUUGAGCCUACACGACACUAUAAUUUGGUUGGAAAAUUUUUAAGAGCAGUCGAGAAGACAGUUAACAUAGUAACAUGUGUAAAUCCGUUUGGUGAUAGGAUAGCUAAACUAGAAGACGACAGUGACGAAGAGGAAGAGCCAGUUCAUAGGGUGGAGAACAACUUUAUUGUUAGUGUAAGUCUUUAUCACCUUUGUAUAUUUUCCUGUUUGAUGUAAUUAACUAUUGGGUAACUAUAAAGAUAUUAAUUUGUAGGUAGAUGAGCUUGAUGAGCCAGUGGCAAAGAAGAUGAAGGUGAGUAACGAUGUCGAACCACCAGUGGAACAAGAAGAAACGAAAGAGAAAACGACAGAAGAAGUCUGA